AUGGAUAUCUCGAAACCUGUGGGUUCCGAGAUUACCUCGAUGGAUUUCGGAGUGAUGACCGCGCAGGACAUCAGAAACGUGUCGGCCAUGCAGAUCACCAAUCCCACGGUUCUAGACAACCUGGGCCAUCCCAUCUCCGGUGGUCUUUACGACCUGGCUCUGGGCGCCUUCUUGCGAAACCUGUGUGCCACUUGCGGUCUUGACGAAAAAUUCUGUCCCGGCCACCAGGGCCACAUCGAGCUGCCGGUGCCUUGCUAUAACCCGCUGUUUUUCAGCCAAUUGUACAUCUAUCUUAGAAGUACGUGUUUGUACUGCCACUCGUUCAGAUUGAAGGCUGCAGAGGUGCAUCGCUUUGCUUGCAAGCUCAAACUUCUGCAAUACGGACUUAUCGACGAGUGCUAUCUGCUGGACGAACUUCGCGUCGGAACGCUUGAAAAUGCUGUGGAAGAAGCGGAGGAAGAUGACGAUGAGGAAAAACCUUCCAAGCAACUCGACGCCGCUAUGUUGAGAGAACUAAAAGUCAAACGCAGGGAAUUCGUGGACCUCUGUAUAGCCACUGCGCUCUCUGAGGGCCGUACUACUCACAAGGGCACUUUCACCGCCACGGUGAACGACGAGAGAAAAAAACUCAUUCACGACUUCCACAAGAGACUUCUCUCCAGACCCAAGUGCGACAACUGUGGUAUGUUUUCCCCAAAGUUCAGAAAAGACGGUUUCACAAAGAUUUUCGAAACCGCUUUGACUGAGAAACAACAAACGAACAACAAGGUCAAAGGUCUAAUUCGUGCCGAUGUCAUCAAGAAACAACAACAGCGGCGUAAGCUCGCUGAUGACCAAAAGAGUAGCACGGCUGGCGACGACAUCAUGGAUGUGAGUGAAGACUUUGGCUACGACAGAGAAUCCUCUUCAAGGCCCAAGACUGGAUCUACUUACAUUUUGUCCACUGAAGUCCGCAACAUUCUACAAAGUGUAUUCAAGAAAGAACAGGAGGUUCUGCAAUACGUGUUUCAUUCGAGACCAAAUCUUUCCAAGAGAUUGGUUAAAGCUGAUAUGUUUUUCUUGGAGGUGGUAAUUGUGCCUCCAACGCGUUUCCGGUUGCCUUCCAAGAUGGGCGAGGAAAUUCAUGAAAACACUCAGAAUCAGCUGCUAUCCAAGAUUUUGACCACCUCUCUACUGAUAAGAGACUUGAACGAAGAAAUGCUAAAGUUGCAAAAGGACAAAGUGUCGGUCGACGACAAAAGAGUCAUUUUCAACAGAUUGAUGAAUGCUUUUGUCACCAUUCAAAAUGACGUAAAUGCUUUCAUUGACUCGACCAAGGCUCAAGGUAAUACCGGUGGAAAGGUUCCUAUUCCAGGUGUCAAACAAGCUUUGGAAAAGAAGGAAGGUCUGUUCAGAAAACACAUGAUGGGUAAGCGUGUCAACUACGCUGCUAGAUCCGUUAUUUCGCCAGACCCCAACAUCGAGACCAAUGAAAUUGGUGUACCACCAGUGUUUGCCACUAAGCUCACUUAUCCCGAGCCCGUGACGGGUUACAACAUUGCUGAACUCAGACAGGCAGUUAUCAAUGGUCCCGACAAAUGGCCAGGUGCGACUCAAAUCCAGAACGAAGAUGGGUCUUUGGUUUCAUUGGUCGGAAUGACUUUGGAACAGCGUAAAGCUCUUGCCAACCAACUUUUGACUCCUUCCUCGCACAGUUCCACUCAUUCUUUGAAUAAAAAGGUUUAUCGUCACAUCAAGAAUAGAGACAUUGUCAUCAUGAACCGUCAGCCUACCCUGCACAAAGCUUCUAUGAUGGGUCACAAAGUUAGAGUUCUACCCGGUGAAAAGACUCUUCGUUUACAUUACGCUAACACCGGUGCGUACAAUGCUGAUUUUGACGGUGACGAGAUGAACAUGCACUUUCCUCAAAACGAAAAUGCCAGAGCCGAGGCUUUCAAUCUUGCUAACACCGACUCACAGUACUUGACCCCAACUUCUGGGUCUCCUGUCAGAGGUUUAAUCCAGGACCAUAUCUCAGCUGGUGUUUGGCUAACAAGCAAGGACAGUUUCUUCACCAGAGAAGAAUAUCAACAAUAUAUCUAUGGCUGUAUUCGUCCAGAAGACGGGCACGCCACCAGAAACAAGUUGAUUACCGUUCGCCCUGCUGUUUUGAAACCUGUGCCACUAUGGACUGGUAAACAAAUCAUAACAACUGUUCUCCUUAAUGUCACCCCUGCUGAUAUGCCAGGUAUCAACUUGAAAUCCAGCAACAAGAUUAAAAAUGACUACUGGGGUGAAGGCUCCUCCGAAAGUGAUGUGAUUUUCAAGAAUGGUGAGCUACUCUGUGGUAUCUUAGACAAAUCACAAUACGGUGCUUCCAAGUAUGGUGUUGUGCAUUCUUUGCAUGAGGUCUAUGGUCCAGACGUCUCAGCUAAGGUCUUAUCUGUUCUCGGUAGACUUUUCACCAACUACAUCACAGCAACUGCAUUUACCUGUGGUAUGGACGAUCUUCGUUUGACCGAUGAGGGCAAUAAAUGGAGAAGCGAUCUCCUCAAGACCUCUCACGAUGUUGGCAGAGCUGCUGCUGCGGAAGUUACCAAUCUGGAUAGCGACGUCAGUGUCAGUGACUCAGAGUUGUUGAAGCGUCUAGAGGAAAUUCUAAGAGACGAUAACAAAUUAGGUAUUCUUGAUGCUGUAACAUCUUCGAAAGUCAACGCAGUCACUUCUCAAGUUGUCUCCAAGUGUGUGCCAGGAGGUACCAUGAAGAAGUUCCCAUUGAACUCGAUGCAAGCCAUGGCUCUAUCCGGUGCUAAAGGUUCUAAUGUCAAUGUGUCCCAGAUUAUGUGUCUGCUUGGUCAGCAAGCUUUGGAAGGUAGAAGAGUACCAGUUAUGGUAUCAGGGAAAACCUUGCCAUCAUUCAAGCCAUUUGAAACUGAUGCCAUGGCAGGCGGCUACGUCAAGGGUCGUUUCUACUCAGGUAUCAGGCCUCAAGAGUACUACUUUCACUGCAUGGCUGGUCGUGAAGGUUUGAUUGACACAGCUGUGAAGACAUCAAGAUCUGGGUAUUUGCAACGUUGUUUAACAAAACAGCUGGAAGGUGUUCACGUCUCUUACGAUAACUCGGUCAGAGAUGCUGACGGAACACUCAUUCAGUUCUUGUACGGUGGUGACGCCGUGGACGUUACUCAAGAAUCGUACAUGACCCAGUUCAAAUUCUGCGCUGAUAAUUAUGAAGCUCUUCUCAAAAAGUACAAUCCCUCGGCUUUGAUCGAGCACUUAGAUGUGGAAAGCGCUUUGAAGUACUCUAAAAAGACUCUCAAGCACAGAAAGAAGAAUGCCAAGAUUCCUCAUUACUCUCAGAAAAUCAAAUACGACCCUGUUGUUUCCAAAUACAACCCAUCCAAAUACCUGGGUUCUGUUUCGGAAAAUUUCCAGGAUAAGUUGGAGAGUUUCAUUGAUUCCAACGACGUGCUUUUCAAAGGUAGUGACAGCGUGAGUGAGAAGAAAUUCCGUGCUCUCAUGCAGCUAAAAUACAUGCGCUCUUUGAUCAACCCAGGUGAAGCUGUUGGUAUUAUCGCCUCACAGUCUGUCGGUGAGCCUUCUACUCAAAUGACAUUGAACACAUUCCACUUUGCUGGUCAUGGUGCUGCUAAUGUGACAUUGGGUAUCCCCCGUAUGAGAGAAAUUAUCAUGACAGCUUCAGCUGCCAUUAAAACACCUCAAAUGACACUACCAAUAUUGGACGAUGUCACAGAUGCGCAAGCCGACACGUUCUGUAAGUCAGUCACCAAGGUCAUGUUAUCCGAACUCGUUGAUAAAGUUGAGGUCACCGAAUCCACUGGUAGCUCGGAAGACUCUACAGGAUCGCGCUCUUAUUACAUCAAUAUGAAGUUUUACGGAAGCAACGAAUACGACGAAGAGUACGACGUCUCGAAAGAAGAACUUCAGAACGUUGUAGCCGGUAGAUUCCUGAAGACUUUGGAAGCUGCCAUUGUCAAGGAAAUCAAGAAACAAAAGAAGACAGCCCCAUCCGAAAUUGGCGUUGCCCUUCCUCGCUCCCAAACUGCCAUUGCAUCUGAGGAAGGUGGUAAAAUCUCGGACGAGGACAACGAUGAGCAGGAGUCGCGUCAAAAGUCGAAACAAGCCGUUUCCUACGAUGAGCCCGACGAUGAAGAAAUCGAAACAAUGAGAGAAGCAGAAAAAUCUUCGGACGAAGAACUAGAAUCAGAAAUGGAUUCUGAUACCUCGAUAUCUGAUGCCGAGGGCGACGAUGACAUCAAACCUGUAGUUGAAAAGGUCAAGAACGGUAUGACUAAGUCUCAACGGGAUAGACAGUCAGCCAUCAUAUCAUCCCAUAGAUUUGUUACCAAGUACAACUUCGAUGACGAGGACGGAGAGUGGUGCAAAUUCAAUAUCGACUUGGCCGCUGACACCGAGAAAUUGCUGAUGGUCAACAUCGUGGAGGACAUUUGUCGUAAGUCUGUCAUAAGGGAAGUCAAGAACAUCGACCGUUGUGUUCAUCCCGAACCCGAAAAUGGUAAGCGUGUGUUAGUUACCGAAGGUGUCAACUUCCAAGAGAUGUGGGAUAUGGACGAUUUCAUCGACGUGAACGGAAUUACCUCGAAUGACGUGGCAGCCGUUCUGAAAACCUAUGGUGUAGAAGCCGCAAGAAACACCAUUGUCAACGAAAUUAACAACGUUUUCUCUCGUUAUGCAAUUUCUGUUUCUUUCCGUCAUUUGGAUUUAAUCGCUGACAUGAUGACCAGACAAGGCACAUACUUAGCCUUCAACAGACAGGGUAUGGAAACAUCUACAUCUUCCUUGAUGAAGAUGUCUUACGAGACCACUUGUCAAUUCCUCACAAAAGCUGUUUUGGACAGCGAAACUGAGCAACUCGAGAGUCCUUCGGCUAGAAUUGUUCUCGGUAAAUUGAAUAAUGGCGGGACAGGAUCCUUCGACGUUUUGACGAAGGUUCCCGCAUCGCAUUAA